CUUCUGCAAUCUCCUUCCUCAACCACUUUGCUUUGGUCGUAUUCUAGCCAGUGAUUCGAGAAGAACUCCUUCUAGGAAUCGUUACCUGGCAACAAGAAAGAAGCAAUGGCUUCUGAAGGAGAAGAUGUUUACGCGACGGUGCUUCUUUCGGACUCGUACCUACCCGGUGCGUUAGUGUUGGCACACAGCUUGAAAGAUGCUGGCACGACCAAGAAAAUAGCUGUGCUCGUCACCACCGACACUGUAUCAGCAGAUGCCAUGGCUCAACUUCAAACUCUAUUCGACUUCAUCAUUCCCGUCGAGCGAAUUGUAAACGAAUCCCAAGCAAACCUCUCUCUCAUGGGUCGCCUCGACCUACAUUCAACCUUUACAAAGAUCGCAUUAUGGAAGCAGCUGCAAUUUCGAAAGAUAGUGUACAUGGAUGCCGAUAUGGUUGCUCUUCGUGCGCCAGAUGAAUUGUUUGAUCUGUCACAUCCAUUUUCAGCAGCUCCAGAUAUCGGAUGGCCUGAUCUUUUCAAUACUGGAUUGCUGGUUUUGACACCCAAUAUGGGAGAUUAUUACGCGUUGCUUGCAAUGGCACAACGGGGAAUUUCUUUCGAUGGCGCAGACCAAGGUCUAUUGAAUAUGCACUUCAAAGACAAUUUCAAUCGCCUAAGCUUCACCUACAAUGUAACUCCGUCGGCACACUACCAAUACCUCCCAGCGUACCGGCAUUUCCAGUCGAGUAUUAGUGCGACCCACUUCAUCGGCCAAAACAAGCCUUGGAACCAGGGAAGAGAUGCAAACAGAGGCUCUACUCCGUAUGACGAAAUGGUUGGCAGAUGGUGGGCAGUUUAUGACCGACACUAUCGAGAAUCCUCCGUGAGGAGCACCCCGGAAGGUGCAUCAACAAUUGUCCAGUAUCAUACGAAAGGCGAAUUCCAACCCGUUGCCCCAGCGAUUACGAUUACACCAACACAUCAGCCCGAAGAGAGCGACAGUGAGAUAUUCCACCCAAGCGCUGAACAACCUUUACAUGAGACUAUCGAAAUCCCGGAAGAAGUGGAAGAAGCUUAUGUUUCUCCAGUUCAAACGAAUCUGGAGGCGGAGAGUCAACCAGAACCGGCGCCAGAACCUGAAUACCACCCCGAACCCGAAAUCACCUAUGCUCCUUGGGAUGCCAGCAGAGGCCCACCACCAGCAGACUCCAUGCCAGAAGCCUCCAACUUCCCAGCAACUCAUUAUGACAUGUCUGCAGAUCCUACGCCAUUCAAAGCCCCAGAACGGUAUCCUGAUCCACCAAAGGAUAUGUAUUACGAAGUACCCAAGACCCCGACUUACCAAAAGCCAGCACCAAUUUUCCCAUGGGAGUUAAAUGCACCUAGAGCGAGUCGAGUUUUUCCCGAAGAUAAUGAUGUUGGUGUGCCAGAACCCCCAAGCCUUAUCGACCCAGGCCCAGCGCCAACCGAUGAAGAAAAACCUGAAGACAAAAGCGCACCAGUCACACCCACCACUCCAACCAUCCAACUCACACCUGCUGAUCCUUGGCAGACUUAUACCCGUGGGAACGCCUGGGACGAUAUCCCUGAGAUCGAGCGGUACAUCGGAAGCUUGCAAAAGAAUCGCAAGGGCAACAUCCAAGUACUGCAGGGGUAUGGCUCAGGUAUAGCAGAAGUGUCCAGUCCGGGUGCCAGAAGGCAGAGCAUGAAGCUCACGGACUUUCCAUCAGAGCUUGAACGGCCCAGUUUGCCCGUUACCCCGGCUCCCAUCCGCAGACCCAGCUUCUGGGGCGAAGAACGAGAUGAAGAUGGCGAGCUACCAGCUGCGGAAGGAGUACCUUCUCAGGAGGACUGGGAUCCGGCGGUCCAACUGGAGCAGCUCGCGCGGCGCCAGUCGGACGUGUUAGCAAAUAAGUUAGGCAAGGAUGGUGUCCAUCCGCGGGAAAUCCCUCUGAGACCACUUCCUUACGGAUCGGAGGGUGUUGCUUCUCCUACUUAUGUUGCUCAAAGCCCUUCGGGUGGAGCAACGGGAUUGGAUUCUAUGCCACGAACAAGAAUCGAGGAACCAAGUUACAAAGGACCCUCCGCAAUGUGGGAGAAGGAUGAGACGUUUCCUUACAAGGAAACACCUGCAGGAGCGACCGAGGAGGAGAAGGAUGUUCUCGAGAACUGAACCCGUAAUGCCUAACGUUUAUUGCUACGCAACUCAUGUACAAUUACCUUUCUCAGUCUUCAUAUUUGGCAUCGAUCUUUUUCUCUUCUCAGCAGGCAUGGAUCAUUUGCAUUAGCAUAUUGCGAGGCUUUUGCAUUUUUCGUUUGUUGCAUUUCAUUGCAUUGUUCCAACUGCAUUUGAAGCUUGUUCCGGAAUGGCAAUGGUGGAAUGUAUUUAGGGGUGGUUGUGAAGAUCGUUUGCGCAAAUGUAGCUAUCUGUCAUAUACCCUGCCGAAUGAAGGAUUUAUAUGCUGGUGCC